AUGUUUUCUCAAAAUGAGGAAACACAACAAAACCAAAUAAACUCUAAGCAAAUUGGUACUAUCCGUCCACCUCCGCAAAAAUAUACAGUAGGAGAAUGGAAACUGAAUAAUCGGCACAGGCAGCAGUGCUGCAUAGAUCAACAAAAGUUCGCAGAAAUAAUCACAAGUGAAAUUGAGAGGGUGAAAGACGAUGCCCAGGAAAAAAUCGAUUUGAACAAAAAAGAAACCGACAGACAAAUUAAAAACCGUCAAGAGGACAUCGAAUUCAAUACCGCUGAAAUAAAACUACAGAGAAAAGAAAUUUGCACUGAAAUAGAUAACUUGAAACUUUACAUGGAAAGAAUCAAGGAUUGUUUGGAGGCUUUGGAAAAUAAUGCAAGAGUAAUUUGUCAAAAAUGCAUUGUACUUAGAGAUGGACGAAUUGGAAUUGACUUGGUCCACGAUCAAGUAGAUCAAGAACUGAAAAAUGAACUAAAGAUAAUUGAAAAUACUGAAAAAACGCUUCAAAAAGCUCUCGUGGAUGCUAACGAGAACGUUCGAAAGCUUAAAUCGGCCAUGUACUUUAUUGAUCGAGAUUUGGAAGAUAAAUUCAAAGUAGCUAGGAUUGAUUAUAAAAAUAGUAUCCUUAAAGAAACCAAUCUCGAUCUUCACAAGUAUCCAACAUUUCAUUUAAUAAGUAAAGGAAAUGCAACGCCUGAAGAAUGGAAUGAAUACACUAGAAACAAUAUAGAAAAUGCAGCAAAAGAAAUAAAUUCCGGUCGACAAUUUCGAAGCUAUACCGACAUUGUAAUUCGAAAAGCCAUUAAUGAACUUUGGAAUCAGUAUUAUGUCGUAAAUAACGCUUUCAAACUAAGAAUUCAAGAAGUGAGAGAUGUUAAGAGCGAAAUAGAAAUUCAACAUGGACAGAUUGUUCGACAAGCUAACGAACUGAUAAGAACCAUAGCGGAUUUGGAUAAGACGCUGGCAGAAAAACAAAGUUUCCUGACUUUGAGUCACAAUAGACUAGAUAACCGUUCCCGAAGGCCUGGAAUGGAACUUUGCAAAGAUUUAGUGGAAGCUGUAUUGGUACAUGAGGAAACUGAUUUAAAAAGGAAUUUUGCUACAAUGCGGGCAGUAUUGGCAGAGGCUCACUCAUCACUUCGGUACCUUAUGAAAAUUAAAAUUCAAUUGGAGCAAGACAUGAAUGUGAAAACAAACUCUUUGAAAAUCGAUGAAGUGGACUGUAUGGCAGUAAGACAGAGUAUGGAUUAUCAUGCUUAUUGA